AUGUUGUCUUCAGCAUCUUCAUCGGCCGACACUCAAGGAGGCCUCAGUCCAACUAGGUCGACGGACCCGACCGUGUCGGCCACUACCGCCUCGUCGGAGAUGUUGUCUUCAGCAUCUUCAUCGGCCGACACUCAAGGAGGCCUCAGUCCAACUAGGUCGACGGACCCGACCGUGUCGGCCACUACCGCCUCGUCGGAGAUGUUGUCUUCAGCAUCUUCAUCGGCCGACACUCAAGGAGGCCUCAGUCCAACUAGAGGUGACGACUUCGGCAUCUUCAUCGACCGACACUCAAGGAGGCCUCAGUUCAACGAGGUCGACAGAUUUUACCGUAUCCACCACGGCCGUCGUGUCGGGGGCGACUUCGACACAUACUUCGGAUAUACCGUCCUCGUCGCAGCCUACAACUGCUUCCUCCUCAGUUGCUAUUACAGAAUCUUCAGUAUCAUCCUCCGACUUUUCAUCGCCCAUACCCUCCUCACAUACCUCUACCGUUUCAUCAUCGAUAACCUCCCCAGGCUCGUCCGAUUCAACUUACCUAUCGGAAACGUCUCAAUCGUCGCUCGCUUCGUCAUCUGCACCGGCAACGACGACAGUCGCGUCUCAAACAUCGGCUGCUUCAUCGUCUAUAUCGGCGACGAUGACGGCAACGCAGACUGCGCUUCCGUAUCCGACUGGGAACCUGUUUACAAGCCACCUCCCUGUGAUGCGGGCGAGCAAGAGUAUGAUGGGCAUUGCUUCGUGGUUGCACUUGUUGAGUCGGAUUUUAUAGCAUUUUGGACCUACGAGGGAUUCACAACGACGGCUAUCCUCUACGGUACCCCUUCCUGGGCACGCGGAAAUCGUCCCUGCCAAGCUGGAAUCUACUGCGUGCCCGAUAAUGCCGCCGACUUUGGACGAUUCGCCGGCAUGCUUGCUCAACGCUUCAACGGGCUGAACGGCUAUGGGCGCAUUGCCGAUUUCGUCAUUGACAAGGAGGUCGGCAACAUCAACUACUUCGACAUCGGCUGCGGCUCGCCGCCUCUCGCACCUUGCGACAAGGUCGAGUGGAUCGAUCUGAUCGCAGCGAACUAUAAUGCUGCCUACGAUGCCAUUUUCGCCGAACAGUGGACAGCGAGGAUCAUGACCUCGAUCGAUAACAAGUUCGGCCUGGCACUCGAGAACGUCCUCGCUGGCCAGCUUGCCGGAAUGACUGUCCUUUUAGGUCUGGCGAACAAGAUCGGAGGCCGGCAAUGGCGCGUUUCCAUCAACGCGUACAACAAACCAGGAGAAAGCGGAUACUCCUACAACGACUUUCCAUACGUAACCCUAGGAAACAUUGGAAUUCUUGUCGGAUGGUUACGACAACAAUUCCCGAGCGCGACCCAGCUGCGGACCCUGCAGUUGACCGAGCAGGGGUUUCCGGGCAGUCCUCUCCUCUAUGCUGCGCAGGCUGACAACCUGUGCAAUGCCUUUCGAAACGUACUCGGUACGCCCGGUAUUGACAGCUAUAUAUAUUACCACAUAAAGGAUACUGAAGGAUCGGAUUUGGGUCUCUACCUAAGUGACGAGUCAUUUGCCAAACCAUCGUGGUCGAUCUGGGCACUCUCAAACAUUCCUGGUACUAUGGGCUGCGGGUUCCAGUACCUCCCUUUUGUGAUAUUGACGCUUGGCCGCAACAGCAACCUUUACAUCGCCUCGACCCGGAAGCUCCCAGCAGGGUACACGAAUUUUCAGGCGUGGUAUAUGUAUCAUUCCGAGCAGCCAGGAACUGUAAUGCUCUACGAAUGUGCCUUUGGCCAGGGCUCCUUACUCACGACCGAUUCGACAUGCAACCUCGAGCUUCCAUACGGGCCCGUUGGGUGGAUAUAUACCAGCCAGGUCCCGAACUCUGUCCCACUGUACUCCUGCUACAAUCCAGACUUGACCAUGCGCUACCCAUGGGGAGAGUCCAACUGCGGCGGCUUUCCCAACGCCGUGCUGCUGGGCGUGCUGGGUUACGUAUUUAAUGCUGACUAG